AUGAUCACAGUUAAAUUAUUAAGAAGGGAUCUAUUCCAACUGGCCAAUGCGGGCUUUGAUUUAUCUAGUCCAAUGCGAAAGAUGAACCAAGAAAAUUCCAUAGAUAAAUUGGAACAACAAUUUGCCAACACUGGAUUUGGUGACAAUCCUCCUUCUAAUGCUCCUUCGUCUGGUCAAUCUUUUAUGAAUGAUGGUAGUACUCCUUCAGGGGCAUCUAAUUAUAAUAAAGGUUGGAAUAAUCAACGACCUCCUCGUGCUGAAGGGUGGUAUCGUAAUGAUUAUAAUCGUGAUGGUGGUCAAAGACAAUGGCAACAACGUGGAUCAUAUGGUUAUCGAAACAACACACGACCUGGUGAUGACUUUGUCCCUCGUCGUUCAGAUACUCAAGGUUAUUUCAAGGACGGUGUUCAUCAUAUCGGCAAAAGAAAUCCUCGUAUAGAACGUGAAUUAUUUGGUAGUCCUGAAGAUCUAGAUCGUCAACAUACUGGUAUCAACUUUGAAAAAUAUGACGAUAUUCCUGUAGAAGCAACUGGUGAAAACUGUCCUGAAGCCAUCUCAACUUUCACUGCUCCUCCUUUGGAUCCUCAUUUAUUGACUAACAUUGAAUUGGCAAGAUAUUCUACUCCUACUCCUGUUCAAAAAUAUUCCAUUCCCAUUGUGGCUGCUGGAAGAGAUCUAAUGGCAUGUGCUCAAACAGGUUCUGGUAAAACUGGUGGUUUUCUCUUCCCUAUUUUAUCAGAAAUGUAUUCCAAAGGUCCAUCAUCAAAACAAGAUGCAUCCAAGGAUAAUAAUGAAGAAUCUGAAAACAAACGUGUCAUGGCGACUCCUGCUGGUUAUCCCACUGUACUGAUUCUUGCACCAACACGUGAACUUGUUUCACAGAUCUAUGAAGAAGCCAACAAGUUUGCCUAUCGAAGUUGGGUACGACCAUGUUGUGUAUAUGGCGGUACGGAUAUUUCUCAUCAAAUUCGACAGAUUGGACGUGGAGGAUGUGACCUUUUAGUGGCAACACCUGGACGAUUGGUAGAUCUUCUUGAACGACGUCAUGUAUCUUUACAACAUUUACAAUAUCUAGUACUGGAUGAAGCGGAUCGAAUGCUGGAUAUGGGAUUUGAACCUCAAAUUCGACGUAUUGUUGAAGGAGAAGAUAUGCCUGGUGUUCAAGAUCGCAUUACACUGAUGUUUUCGGCUACUUUCCCAAGAGAUAUUCAACACUUGGCACGGGACUUUUUGAAGGACUAUGUCUUUUUAUCGGUAGGACGUGUUGGAUCGACAUCAGAAAACAUUACUCAAAAGGUACUCUUUGUGGAAGAUGAUGACAAACGGGCGGCACUAUUAGAUAUUCUACAUACGGAUAGCAAUGGAUUUAUGAAAAAGGGUGCUUUGACUUUGAUCUUUGUGGAAACUCGACGUAUGGCCGAUAGUUUGAAUGACUUUUUGAUAUCACAACAAUUUCCAGCAACUGCUAUUCAUGGAGACAGAACUCAAGCACAACGUGAACGGGCUUUAGAAUCAUUUCGUAUGGGUCGUACUCCUUUGUUGGUUGCUACCGCUGUGGCUGCUCGUGGAUUGGAUAUCGCCAAUGUGGAACAUGUGAUUUCAUUUGAUUUACCUUCUUAUAUUGAUGAUUAUGUGCAUCGUAUUGGUCGUACAGGUCGUGCUGGAAACACUGGUCUUGCUACUGCCUUUUUCAAUCGAAACAACAAGAAUAUUGUCAAUGAUUUUAUUGCUCUACUCAAAGAAGCCAAUCAAGAAGUACCUGAUUUUAUGGAAGCUGUAGCUCGAGAAGGAAAAUCAUCAUCAUCAUCAUCAACAACAACAGCAACGAUGGGUCGUGGACGUGGUCGUGGAAGAGGAAUGAAUUAUGGUCGAGGGGGUAUUUCAUUUGGUGGUAGGGAUUAUCGUCAAUUUGAUUAUGAACAAAUGAAUAUGUAUGGUGGUAAUCCUGCAAUGGCUGCUGCUGCUGCUGCUGCUACUGGUGGACCUGGUUAUUACAAUAACAAUGCUGGAGGAAUGAUACCAAAUUAUUCUUAUCAUCCUAAUGCUUAUCCUCAAGGUGGUUAUCCUGGUUAUGGAAAUUAUGGAUAUCCUGCUCCUCCACAUUUUCAACCUCCACCUCAAUAUAUGAAUGAUUAUAGUAGUGAUGGACGUCCAAUGGCUCCUAUUCCUCCGCCUUCUGUAUAUAACAAUCGUGGUGAUCCUCUUCAUUAUCAAUCUAAAUCCAACUGGUACUAAAAACGGAACUUUUACUUCCAAAUUUCACUUGGAUUCCCUUUUAUUAUUAUAAUUAUUUUAUUAUUAUUUUUUAUCUAUUUCCCUCUCCUUUUAUGGUACUCCUCUUUUUUUUUUCUCUCUUGCUUUACAAUGAUAUUAUUUUGUAUGAUUCUUUUAUACAUCUUAUUUCUAUUUCCCUCCUUUUUUUUUAGAUUAGUUUAUGGCUGUAGAUAAAACAAUAAAAGUAAUCAUUACUUAUUCAAUGUCUUUUUUUUUUUUUU